UGCCAAAAAGAUGAUACCAACAUUUCUCAGUGGACAGAAAAUGGUCUCUUUUUUCUCUGAUGAAUCCAAUAUAUUUUCUCCGAUAACUGAGAAAAGUCACCAUCUUCGUCUUGUCAUUUAGCUCACCCCAUCACCUCUUCUCUCUCUACACACAGAUAUCAUAAUCUCUUCUAGCUCUCUAGCUCUCCCUUUUCACCUCUGUCAUUUCAUAGGCUUACAUCAAUCUAUCGACAAAUCUAGGGUUACACAGAUUGAGGAAGUCGUCAAAAAUUGACUUUUUUCCCUCAUUUCUGUCGAUUAGGGUUCUAUCUUUACACCACACAAUUUUGUAAUUGUGGAAGAAGAUGUAAUUAAUUUAUGUUCAUGUUCAUGUUCAUGUUCAUGCAAGAUUAAAAUAAUGGAAUGAAGAAAAACAUUUAAAUCUGUAGGUGUAGUGUAGUGUAGUGCAGCAGCCCCAAAGCUUUAAAUGCGCCCAUUUCUGCUUGCUUCAUUGGUAACAGUUCCACCAGUAGUAGCAGUUUUGCAGGCGCCGUUCUCUUUUCUUGCACCCUAUCGUCACCUCUCUCUCUCUCUCAUGCCGUGAUAUUAAUACAGAGAUCUUUUUCCUGAUAUUCUGAUCAAGGGCCCUCCACUGCUGUCUCUAUAUUAUUGAUUGAUUCCUCUCAAUUCUCAAACGCCAUCAAAAUACACGAUAUGUUGGAGGUUCCGGAAUGGCUGCUGGCGCUCUUAUCGGAGAAGUUCUUCAAUUGCUGCGUGAUUCACCUCGAUGCGAAGAAGAAUGAGAAAAACGUAUUUUGCUUGGAUUGCUGCUCCGGAAUCUGCCCUCAUUGUGUGCCGGAGCAUCGCUCCCACCGCCUCUUGCAGAUCAGAAGGUAUGUGUAUCACGAUGUGAUAAGGAUCGCCGACGCCGAUAAACUCAUCGAUUGCGCUCAGAUUCAAACAUACACCACUAACAGCGCGAAAGUAGUUUUCCUGAAUCAGCGGCCGCUGACGCGGCCGCCGAGAGCUUCCGGCAACGUCUGCGUCGGCUGCGACAGAAACCUCCAGGAAUUAUCUCUCUUCUGCUCAAUCUCUUGCAAGCUCGAUCAUAUACUCGAAACCGGCGGCGAGCUGUCGUCGCAUAUUCGAAACUGCGAGUUUCUGGUUUUGCCCGACGGCGCAGACGACGGUCAGAUGACGGCCGACUCGGUGCUCGAACCGUCCGGUUCGACGCGGACCGACUCCGGUUCGAGCAGCGGCGGGUUGGGGGAGUGUCCGUAUCUCAUCUCGACGGCGACGACGGAGGUCGUGAGGAAGAAGCGGAGCGGCCCGGCCGGGUUCAGACCGGGUUGCAGGCCGGCUUCGGAGAUUUCCGAGUCGAUUAUGAACCGGAGGAAGGGUACCCCUCAACGGUCGCCGCUGCAUUGAAAUUGAACCGGGGUGAGGGGCGAGGGGGGUAUAAUUGGUAUUUAACAGAAGAUGGGAUUUGCCUCCCUAAUUUUUGUAGAGCUCUUCCAUUAUUGGGUUUAAUUAAACUGAAUUAAUGGGGGAAUUAGUGGGACCCAUUGAUUUUGAUUAUGUAUACUAGAAAUGGUUAAUCCAAUGGAUUUGUGGGAUCUUAUUUAAGAAUGAAAGGCGACUUGCUUUUUUCAUUAAAUAUGUGGUCUUCAAUUUGA